AUGACUCCAGAGAGAAAUACUUAUACGAACAACUAGUAAUAACAAUUGGUACUGAAUUAGAUAUACGAAACAAACAACGACUAUGUAUCGUACAUGAUAGAAUCGCCAAUGCAUGUGCCAUGAAUCAUGGUUGUACACAAAUAACAAGUGGAAGUUUGGCAGAAGGACUUGCCUUGCCAGAAAGUGACAUAGAUACAAUGUACGUUAUCAAUAAGUUAGAAUUAAUACAGAAUGUAAGGAAUAUCAACCACCCAAUAAACCGUGAUAUAUUAGUUAUGGAGACAGACAUUGAUCAUCCUGGAUUUACUAGAAUCAGAUUGGUAGCACAAUCGGAUCGAAAUUCCUUCUUCCGUGUACUCUGUGACGGCUGUCCUCCAAAUACAUGGUACGGUAACCUAUAUAUAUCAGUAAACCACAUUCUUGAUUUCUAUUUGCAAUUCUACGAGCGUGACGAGCGUGUAUGUAUACACGGUCCAUGUAUAUCGAACCUAAGUAAGACUGUAGACAACACAUACUGCAUAAGGAGUAAACAUCUACCUCACAAUGCACUUCAAUGGACAGUCCGUCAUCGACGGCAAUGGCCGCCUAAUUUUACAAUUGACAGGAUCAAAAAUUAUGGAUGCUUGUUAGUACCUAUAGGUCCCAAGACUAUAUCAGAUAGUUACUUAUGGAGAUUUUCUUUCUCUGUAGCAGAAAAAAUACUUGUGCAUUCGUUUAAUUUCAUUCAACUCCUAUGUUACGGUCUCCUCAAACUAACAUUUAAGCGUAUCGUUAACACAGACAAUGGUGUCAAGGACUUAGUGUGUUCUUACUUUCUGAAGACUGCUUUAUUCUGGGUCUCGGAGGAGGUGGAUAUUGACACUUUUCAAUUACUUAAAUUGAGUUAUUGUUUUUCACUAUGUUUUGAUAAAUUAAUAUCAUGGGUAAAGAUCUGCUACUGUCCGAACUAUUUUAUACCUGGACACAAUAUGUUCCUUGGAACAAUAAAUGAAAGUAACAAUAAGACAUUACUGCAUGUUCUUGAAAGUAUAAAGCAUGGAGGGAUUGACGGAUUGCUAAUGAAUUUAUUUCCACCUGACAAUGAAAUUACACAGAGGGAAUCUUCGUUCUUUAUGUUAGACUGUUUAUUUUACAAGAUUGCUAACAAGAUACCAGUACCAAAAGACAUUUCAGGUUGCCAUAAAUGUCUAUCAUUUACCGAAUCUUUACUAAUGUCUGAAUCGUCUACUUUUAUAACUGAUGUAUGUAAAUAUAAUUAUGCUAAAAUCAGUCAAAUUGUAGCACAAUUACUACCUCCACCAAAAUCAAUAAGUAAAACGUACAACAUACCUGCUCGUUAUCAUAGACUCUUACAAAACGGCAUCAAAACAGAUGCUGUAUCGGGUUGGUUGUUAUACGCGUCGUUUUAUUAUGUAACAGGACAGUUUAGUGUUACACUAAGACUAACGGAUUAUGUUCUUUCAAGAUGUUCACCUGAUAUGCUGUUUAAGGACUUUGACUACGACUGUGAAAAACACACAAAUUGUUACCGACAAAAUGUACAUUCUACAAUGACAUUGAAUGACAGGAUGAAAAUAGCUACUGUAUCUAAUGUCAGAUACAUUAAGCAUUCAUCAUUAAUUCCAUUAGAACUAAAGCUGGAGGUUGAAGAUGCAGAAAUACACAUACCGCCUAAUGUAAUGUCUCAUUGUCUAAGAUAUAUAUGCUUUCAUCAUCUUGGUGAUAUAUUGAACAGACAACAGGCUUUACGUGAUUUAUAUUUAAUAGUGGUGGACAAUUGUUCAAUUACAGGUUCACAUAUAUCUAUUUCCUUAACCAUACUUGGUGUAUGCUAUGAGAUAUCUGGCGAUAAAGACAGAGCUUACCAGUGUUACGGAGAAGCUUUGCAACGUAAUAAAUUGCUCUCAAGUCUCUCAGCAGAAAAAAGGAUUUCAAAACUGGAUGGCAACUUAUAUGAAACUUGAUUGUGUAAAUUCAUAUUGUGCUUUAUUAUAUCAGACUUCUUAUCAAUUAUAAAACUCUUAACUUGUUGAUACUGACAACAAGCAGCAGAAAUACAUUAGCUAUACCUAACAACUGAUAAUGAAUAUUUUAUUUCAGUAAAUGAAUUAUCUGAUUCCUUGAAUAACAUCCAGUAUGUUAUGAUAUAUCAGUUGAUUAGGAUAUAUAGUAUAAGUGUUCCGAGAAAAGUUUGCAAUGUGAUUUUUGUAUAUGUGCAAAAACGAAACUUGGGAAAAAAAAAUUCUUGGAAUAUGAUAUAUCUUUUAUCAUUGCAGUGAUGUUGGCUAAUUGAUAUGCAUUUACAAAUAGCAAAGAGAAACCGUGAUGAUUUGUGUGAGUUUUCUAAUCCAUUUGCUAUAUUGUGAUAUAUUUGGAAAGGCACGGUUUAUUUGUUAUGUAAUAAUUUUAUUACUAUCACAGGGUUGAUACCUCUCCUGGUGGACGGUUGAUUCCCUAGGGUAUCACCAGCAAUGUAGCCAGUACUUCGGUACUGGAAUGAAAAUACGGAUUUUCUGUUAUUAGAAUUUGCUAUUUCAUAAUGCUUGAAAUUAUUUUAGAUUAAGGAAUAUAUCUCCCUCAUGCAAAGCUCUGGUCCUUGCCCGAAUUUGGCUAUUUUGUUUUGUCCACUUUGGUUAAUUAGGUCUUCAUAUUUUUAAUAACCUUUUUUAAUUUUCAAAUAUUUUGGCCUCGAGCAUCACUGAAGAGACAUUUAUUGUCGAAAUGCACAUCUGGUGCAGAAACUAAUUGGUACCGUUAAUGUUAUUCUACAAUAAAUUUUACUAAGUCUUCAUCUGAAAUGAGUGUUUAUUUCGUCAAGACAGUGUACAAGUGUUAUUUCUAUAAUCAUGCUAAUGGAGACCUACUUAAUACCAGAUAAUCCAACACAACAUUUUAUAAUUAUAUGUUAAUGGAGACCUAUUUAAUAGCAGUUAAUUCAACACAACAUUUAUCAUUACGUGUUAAUGGAGACCUACUUAUUACCAGAUAAUCCAACACAACCUUUAAAUAAUUAUAUGUUAAUGGAGACCUACUUAAUAGCAAUUAAUCCAACACAAAAUUUAAUAAUUAUAUGUUAAUGGAGACCUACUUAAUACCAGUUAAUCCAACACAACAUUUUAUAAUUAUAUGUUAAUGGAGACCUACUUAAUACCAGAUAAUCCAACACACCAUUUAAUAAUUUUAUGCUAAUUUUGUAAUAAAUUAUUUAAAUGCGUAUAAUAUUUUAUAUGGUAAAUCAACAAAGAUAGCUACAUUGCAAUUUAUUCGGAAACAUGUUUCAUAUCAAAUAUUUUUCCUCGUUAUUAAGGCGAAGUGUACGUAAUAUAACUACUCCACAGAAUUUUUUUAUAUUUUACAUGUGGAUUCUGCUUGUAAAAUUACAUCAGAAUAUAAAAUAAAAAAAAGGGAGUAACCGUUUUCGUUUUUCAGAUACAAGCUGUUACAACUAACAGCAUGAUACGCCAGAAAUACAAAGGAUAGAUAGGGAAAAUCAUUAAAAACGGCAGAUAUUUUUACUUUAUAAUUUUUUCCUUAUUCGUUGGUCAACAGAAUUUUUUUUAAAUUCGAAAUACGAUUCAAAAAUAAACGACGAAUCCAUUGGUGCAAAGAAAGUCCGUAGCAACCGUGCUAGUUUUCAAGCUAUAUUCUGUUGAAGUUUGAUUUUUAGAGGAAAAUUAUAAAAUAUUCGGCAACGUUAUUGAUGUCUGCUGUAACGUCACCACAAAUUGUACUCUAUAACGCUAGUAUACCCAUUGAACUGUACAGUAUUGUCAUACAAUUCGUGAGUGUGUGUAACACAUUUUCCUGAGUAUUGGAAAUGCUAAAAAAAAUAAAAGCGUAAUCGGUUGACAUGGUUGAUAAUGAUACAAACUUAAAAAUGUUUAUGGAUAUUUCUGCUGCCAAAAUAAUGCAAAUUGGCAAAUAAAUAUACUGCAAGUGAAAGAAAGUUACUGUAUAGACUUUAACUCCAUCUUUUCUUGAUUAGACAGGGAUUCACAUCUUUUUUUUAAAUAUUUGUAUUGUUCUAAUAAUUUUAAAUAAAAUAUCGAGUUGUCCAGAUUAGUACAGAAUGAUUCUAUACAUAUUCGAAAAAUUCGGUUAUGAUAUUGGGAUCGCUUCUUUUCAUCCUCACCAUUUCCGGCACUAUGCGAGGUAUUGCGUACACAACCCAUUCUAUUUGUCAAGUUCACACACGUCAUGUGAUUCUACAAUUUUACUUGAAAAUUUCCUGUCUCGAUAGCUUUCCCUUUUCUUCAAUUACACGACAAGGCAUUAUACAUGGUAUAAUGUUUGCUGGAAAUUCAUUAACAAAGGAAAUAAUUUCUUGUACCAUUAUUUCUUAAAUUUCCACAUGUACGACUAAUAAAAAAUAAAAAAUCUGCAAAUGCAUAUUAUCUUGAGAAUGGCUGUAAUAAGGUCAAAAGAAGAACCCGUAUAUGAAUUUCAGCAAAAUAAAACAGAUCGGAGUUUUUUAUAUAACUUUCCGUUGCAUAGAUCACUGCCUGUGUUAUGCCUUAGCAUUGUGUGUAUAGUAAUGCUAAAGCCGUAUUGUUAAGUCUAAGUCUAAAGCUUUGUGUACUAUAGUUAUAUGCUGUAAAUGUGCUGGUGUCAUGAUAUAAAUGUACUGGUGUCAUGAUAUAAAUGUACUGGUGUCAUGAAAUAAAUGUACGUAUGUAAUGCUAUACGAAUGUACGUAUGUAAUGCUAUACGAAUGU